AUGUCACAAAUCAACACAAUCGACGUCUCACCUAGAAAUAAGUUCCUCCAACAGCCCAGCGUAUACAAAUCGGAGAUUGAGCAACUCACGGCCGACGGUUCAAACUUCAACAAGUGGAAGCGGGACCUGUUGCGGGUGAUUUUGUUGACACUCAGUCAUGCAGCUUUUUUUGAGAACCCGGACAACUACAAGAAAAUCUCGGCGCAGGAGGAAACAUGCUUGUUAUACCUCAUACAAAUCACGGUACAUGAUGAACUCUCUUUGCUUGUCGAUCGGAUUACGGGACCUGCCACUGAUCCUUCACAAGUCCAAGGUUUAUUCAACAAGCUAUUUGAUGUAUUCGCUGAUCUCAAGAACGUCCAGGCAGCGCUGCCUCCUUUCGUCGAAAGUCUUAUUCUCCAGGCGGCAAUUAUCACAUCGGCGUAUGGGGAAAGCAAUUGGUUCGACACCAAUCAACCUCAAACGGUUUCGGUAUUUAGAUCUUUUCAACCCAACUGGCAAGGACCAAGAUAUAACCAACAGCCCCAUCAGAACACUCCCGGCAGAUCCAACAAUCACCCUCCACAACACGGAAAUCAGCCAAAUCACCAACAGUCAACGGUGGGAAAGCCAGGGAACCCAACGGUCAAUGAUAUAUUGGCGGCUCUCAACAACAUCAAGAAAGGAAAUCAAGGCCCGUCGGACCCUUCGGUUUUCAGCGGUAAACCUUGCGCGUACUGCGGGGUGCAGGGGCACUUGAGGUUGUCGUGUCCGACCCUCCGCGGCGAUGCCAAGCUGCCGCCACCUAACACUCCCCUACAUGGUCGCCCCAUUUCCGGUUUCGCCCGCCAGGCCGCACCCCCAAACAACCCACCCACAGGCCAAGAUCAGAAUGCAGCAGUUCGAUCAGCUGUGGGCGCGGAUGCGACGGGUGCCGCCGGCGAUGGUACUGUUUUGGAUUCAGGGGCGACCCACCAUUGGACACCUCACAAUGGUCAAUGGGGAUGGUACCCUCAUGAUCCCGAAAUUGUUGUACAUCCCGGAGAUGAGCGGCACUCUUCUUAG